AUGGCUGCAUCUCCAGACCAGAUCGAAGAGAUCUGGCCUCUUCCCUCCAACAAUCACCGUCGGAGUAGGGGAGUGGCUGGGUGGAGGAGGGGAACGACGACGAAACUGGGUAAGCGACCACCUUGCUCUCUACUUUGUCUGCUGGCUCGCGCUCUAUGGUGGAAGGCGGGGAUGGCGAUGGGGUCGUCGGGGAGGGGUCGGCGAGCCGCCGAUUGGAGAGAACGGAGAAGCAGGGGGGCGAUUGGAGGCGGUGGGAGGCGGCGUUCAGCAAGGCGGUUGGAGGCGGAGGGAGACGGCGGGGUGGCUGGUGGAGGGGCAGCGAGGAUGGCCGAUGAACUGGUGAAGGCCCUGGCUGCGCGAGACGGGCAGCGACGGCGAGGGUGGCCGUGGCUGCGCGAGAAAAGGGUGGGGUGGCUGGGGGGGGGGGGGGGGGGGGUGGGGAUUGGGAUUAGGGGUCGUUUUGGCUUUUGGUGGGGUUGGAGCGGCGGCGAGGGUGGCCGGUGA